GGAGGAGGAGGGAGGGCCCUGGCGGGGCGCCCCGCCCCCCGCGCCAGCGCCCCCCCGCUUCCCGGCCCCAGGCACAGCCACAACAACCUCCGCAUCACGCGCAUCCUCAAGUCCCUGGGCGAGCUGGGCCUGGAGCGCUACCAGGCGCCGCUGGCGCGCUUCUUCCUGGAGGAGACGCUGGUGCGCCAGGAGCUGCCGGCCGUGCGCCAGAGCGCCCUGGACUACUUCGUGUUCACCGUGCGCUGCCCGCGCCAGCGCCGCAAGCUGCUGCGCUUCGCCUGGGAGCACUUCCGGCCGCGCCGCAAGUUCGUGUGGGGGCCGCACGACAAGCUGCGGAGGCUGCGGCCGCCCCUGCCCGUGGGGGAGGGAGAGGGAGAGGGGGAGGGGAGCCCCGGGGCCCCGGACCCCCUCCCCGGGGCCGGCGCCUCGGGGGACCAGACCGGCGCGCCGGGGCGGGCCGGGGGCCAGGAAGGGGAGGCGGGGGGCCGUGGGGAGGGGGGCCCGGAGCCCCCGAGCCCCAAGGAGAACAAGAAGAGGAAGCUGGACGCCAGCCGGCGGGAGCAGACCCCGGGGGAACGGGGCGGCCAGAGCGCCUCGGACGUGGAGAAGAUCGCCCUGAACCUGGAGGGCUGCGCCCUCAGCCAGGGCGGCCUGAGCGGGGGGACCCAGGAAUCGGGCAGCCGGGCCCCGGGGGAGGCCGAGCAGCCCUGCCCCCAGCCCCCCCCGGCGGCCAAGGUGGUGGAGGAGGUGAGGAAGAGAAGGAAGGUGGACCAGGGCCCCGGGAGCGGCGACUCGGUGGGUGCCGGUGGUGGGGCCGAGGCCCCAGCCCCCGCCCGGCGCUGCGCCCUGCCAGGGUGCCCCGAGGCCAGAGAGAAGGAUAAUGAGGUGGAGGAGGCCGGUGGCCGGGCAGAGCUAGAGCAGGGUGCCCCUGGGAGCUCAGCCCCCGCGGGACCCUCGGUAGAUAGGGAAGCAGAGGCGGGGCCUGAGGCCAAACCCAGAAAGCCUUAAGGGAAAGGGCCGCCUGGGCAUCCUGCCCUCCGUCCUGCCGCGGGUCUGGGGAGCCACGUGGUCAGCUGUUGUCAGCACGGAGCAGUACUGGUCUGUCCCUCCCGGUCACCGCAGCCGUGGAAGGAGCAGAUCCCUGCUCUGGGAAGGCCAGGGACUUGGGGAUCCUUACCUCCAGCUCACUUCCUGCCUCCCUCCUCCAAGCCACCGCCCCCCCAUCUUUGUAAAUUGGCCCUCAAGGGUCUGGGGGGGGGUGGGAAUGGGGGCUCAUUUUCUUAGUCUGGUGCCGAAACCUUUUCUGAAUAAACUCAUUUGACUUUGA